AUGGAACAAAUACUUAAUUCAAGUUAUUAUAGAGAAACUAAAAUCAUCAAUGCGAUCAAAUCAAGAGCUCAAAAUGCAACUUUGAACCAAGGUAUAGAUCAAUUGCAAAUUGUCUAUGAUCUAUACACAUAUAUCAAUAUUAAUACCAAUAUCUCUUCAACAAAUAAAAUUAAUAUGAUAUUUUUACAUGGUAGUGGGAUGAAUAGGUCAAUUUGGGAAUAUCAUAUCUCAAAAAUGAUUGAUUAUUUGAAAACACCCACAAUAAAUUGGUCAAUAAAUAAAAUCAUAUUAAUGGAUCAAGUAACACAUGGAGAUUCCGGACUUUUAAAUAAAGAAAAAUUAGGUGUAGAAUUCAAUUGGAAUGAUGGAGCUAAAGAUGCUUGUCUCGUUGCACAAACAGAAUUUUAUCCUCUUACUAAUAAUAAUAAUGAUCAAGAAAUGCGAUAUUUUAAUGUAGUGGUAGGUCACUCCAUGGGUGGAUUCCAAGCUUUAGCUUGUGGUGCUUUAUACCCCUAUCUAUUCAAUUUGAUUAUUACUGUGGAACCAGUUGUGGUACAAAGAAAUCCUUUUAAUUCUAAUGAUAUGACUAUAAUGCCUGAAUCAUUCUAUAAUUCUUUGAUAUCUAAAAUGGAUGAUUGCUUUGAUACUGAAUUGGGAUAUAACGAAUUUAUGCAAAAGAAAAGCUUUUAUACUAAAGUUCAUCCCAUUAUUUUGAAAAGAUUAAUUGAAUUUGAAAAAAUUUGGUCAUUAAGGGAUGGUUCGGAAAAACUUUCCACUAAAAUGAAUAAAUUUCAAAAUAUUCUAUGUUAUUUAACUUUAAAUCCAGGUGCAAAUUGGUUAAUUCAUAAUUUACAAUUUAUCGAAUCUCCUGUAAUCAAUCUUACUGGUGAAAAUUCAAAAUGGACACCACCUGAAAAUGAAAAACUAUUAAGGACCAAAAUUAAAAAUUAUACUUUGGAUCCAAUACCUAAUGGUGAUCAUCUUGUAAAUAUUGAAAAUCCUGAUGAAACAUUAAGGAAAAUUGUUUUUCAUAUCUCGAAGUUUGUUACUGCGGAAUCCACUAGGGAACCAACCAAACCAUUAUCCAUUACCCAACGCCAAUCAAAAUUUGAAAGAGAUUUUGUAAAAUUUAAAGAUAAAAGAACAAGAAAGACAAUUUCAUCAAAGCUUUAA